AUGAUUUUAUUGGAUACGACUAAAAUUGAAUCAAGCUUUGUCGAAGAAGCAAUCUCAGCUCCAACAGUCUUAUAUUCUUAUGACUACAUAAUCAUCGGUGGUGGAACCGCCGGCUGUCCAUUGGCCGCUACCCUGUCUCAAAAUUCAACUGUUUUAGUCCUAGAAAGAGGAGGGUCUCCAUAUGUCAAUACUAGCAAGUUGAGGCCAGAAAACUUUAUUUCUACUAUCACAGACAACUCCCCUGAUUCAUACUCUCAAGCAUUCAUCUCCGAGGAUGGAGUCUUUAACAGGCGUGCACGUGUUCUUGGUGGAGGAACAGUGAUUAACGGAGGUUUUUACUCGCACGCCGAAACUGUCUUCCUCGGGGAAGCCGGUUUGGAUGAAUCAUUAGUCAAUGAUUCAUACAGGUGGGUUGAAAAGAAGUUGGUAUUUGAGCCUGCUGUGCUGCAAUGGAAAUCCGCCAUGAGAGAUGGGUUGGUUGAAGCUGGGGUUUUACCGUACAAUGGGUUUACAUAUGAUCAUAUUAAUGGGACUAAAAUUGGUGGAACUAUUUUUGAUAGGGAUGGCAAUAGACAUUCUGCAGCUGAUUUGCUUGAGUAUGCUAAUCCAGAAAGGAUUAAGGUUUACUUGCAUGCUACUGUGCUCAAGAUCAUGCUUACAACAAAGGCUAAUGGGGUGAUUUUUGAGGAUGCAAUGGGUAGAAAGCACUGGGCGGUCUUAACAAAUGAGUCGAAGAGCGAGAUAAUCUUAUCAGCCGGUGCAAUUGGAAGCCCACAAUUACUAUUGUUGAGUGGUAUUGGGCCCUCCCAUCAACUUGAUAAAAUGGGUAUUAAGGUGGUGAUAGACCAACCCAUGGUGGGCCAAGGGAUGGCUGAUAAUCCAUCGAGUGGCCUCUAUAUUCCUUCUCCUCGGCCCGUUGAGCUCUCACUGAUUUCGGUCGUGGGCAUCACCCUCUUCGGUGGCUAUAUAGAAGCAACCUCUGGGCUUAAUUAUGCCUCUGCUUAUGCUCAAAGACCCUCUAAUGAUAAUGCCACUAUUUUGAAUAAGAGCUCCAUGACACUCCCAGCCGCAAUGGAUGACACUGCCUCCUUUGACCUUAAUUCAACAAAUGUGGGUAGUAUUUUCGAAAAAAUUAAAGGUCCAAUCUCUAGGGGUCAACUUGGGCUACGAAGCACAAAUCCCAACGAUAACCCGAAGGUCACGUUCAACUACUUCCAAGAAUCAGAAGACUUAACGAAGUGUGUGAAAGGCAUGGAAACCGUUAUAGAUGUCAUAAGUUCCAAAUCAUUCUCGAAAUUCCGUUACAGAAACAUAACAACACAGGCUCUACUAGACACGAUGGUGAAGCUGCCCUUGAACCUAAGACCAAAACAUCCUAAUUCUGCAACGUCCUUGGAGCAGUUUUGUAUAGACACCGUCACGACCCUUUGGCAUUACCAUGGAGCCUGUCAAGUAGGAAAGGUUGUUGAUCAAGAUUACAAGGUCAUUGGUAUAGAUGGCCUCAGGGUUAUAGAUGCUUCCACCUUUAAUUUCUCCCCUGGAACAAAUCCUCAAGCUACAAUUAUGAUGCUAGGAAGGUAA